UGGUGAAGUGUGGGGAAGUCACGUCCCAGCACGUGAUAUAGGUGACAACCCGGAAGCAACGCCACUUUUUGCAAGCUUUCUCCGCACCUACGGCUUGAAAUGACAUCUGCAUUGACCCAGGGGCUGGAGCGUAUCCCUGACCAGCUGGGCUACUUGGUGCUAAGUGAAGGAGCUGUGCUGGCGUCAUCUGGUGAUUUGGAGAAUGAUGAACAAGCAGCUGGUGCAAUUUCUGAGCUAGUGAGCACAGCUUGUGGCUUCCGGUUGUACCGUGGCCUUGACAUGCCCUUCAAACGCCUGUCUGUGGUCUUCGGGGAACACACGUUGUUGGUGACUGUGUCUGGACAGAAGGUGUUUGUGGUGAAAAGACAGAAUCACAGCCGGGAACCCAUCAAUGUCUGAGACUACAGGGGAUUGAAGGGGAAGGUUUAAAUAGCUCUGUAAGCUUAUUGCUUUUCCACAUACCCAAUUUUACCACUUCCCCUAACAGAAUCUGGGUAUUUUGCUUUAUCUUCUUCUCCCCCAUCCCUGCUCAAUGAGUUUGGGUUUCUUUCUCAGUACUAAAGGCAAUCAGGGCAGGAACAAUUUCCUUUCUCUCCAAUAAAUAUGGUCUGACCUUAGUACCAUUGAAA